CUAUCGCUAUCGAUAAGCCGCCACCCGCACAUGGAAUUUUAUUUGUAGUGUUUACAUUUUGUUGCUUAUUGCGGUCUUUUGUUUACAUCUGGUAUAAAGCAUGGGAGAUGGUAAGAAAGUUGUGAUAAAUAAACGGCUGAAGGGACUGCCCCGUGAGGAGCUGGAGAAAUUGUCCAAACCCGAGCUCAUCGAUCAAAUAGUUCGACUGGAGGCCUACAACUUUCAACUAAAAAGCCUUUUGCAAAAGAAGUUGAAUGAAAAGAGUACGGGAGAUCCAAGCUCUCGAAAAAUGUGGGAGCAGGAAAUCGCCAGCAUAGAGGCAUCGACUGCUAAGGAUACGUCGUCUAUUAAUAAUUCGCCCUCAGGAUCAAAGUCAAAUAAGAGGCAGCGGAGUUUCGAUUGGGCUUCAGCCCAUAAAAGGCAUGUGCUAUUGAAGGUUACCUACUUUGGAUGGGAUUAUCAAGGCUUUGCUUGUCAAGAGGACUCCAAUGAUACUAUAGAGUCUAAUUUGUUUCGUGCCUUGACACGUACUUGUCUCAUUGAAUCGAGGGCCAACUCGAACUAUCAUCGUUGUGGUCGCACUGACAAGGAGGUUAGUGCAUUCUGUCAAGUAAUCUCCAUUGAUCUGCGCAGCAAAUAUCCAGCCGAGAGUCAAUUGGAUCCAACAUCAUUGGCCACUGAAAUCGAUUACUGUGGACUGCUAAAUCGAGUGCUACCUAAGAACAUACAGUGCGUUGCCUGGAUGCCAUUACGUAGUCCCGUCUAUAGUGCUCGUUUUGAUUGUAUAGCGAGAAGCUAUCGCUAUUAUUUUCCAAAAGGCGAUUUGGAUAUCGAGGCCAUGCAAGAAGCUUGUCAAUUGCUGGUGAAUCAUGCUGAUUUUCGGAAUUUCUGUAAAAUGGAUGUGCAUAAUGGAGUAACAAGUUUUAUGAGGAAUUUACAGGCUGCACGUGUGCAGCCAUGUGAACAGACUCGGAAUGAAAAAGUGUCGGGCUACGCCAUGUUUUAUCUGGAGAUAAAGGCGAAUGCUUUUCUUUGGCAUCAGAUACGCUGCAUUAUGGCCAUCUUAUUGCUUGUGGGUCAGAGAAAGGAGAAGUCAAGCAUUAUUAGCGAUUUGCUGGAUGUAAAUGUCAAUCCCUGUAAGCCCCAGUAUACACCUGCCAUAGGUUUGCCACUGAAUCUGUUUCAUUGCGAAUUUCGUGAACAUACAACAAGGCGAACGACCGAUGAUGAAGGCGAUGAGGUUAUAAUAGACGACAACUUCACAGAAGUUUCUCCAGCGGAAACCCAUUUAACGGAUUGGAUUUACAAUGAAGAGAAUCUAACCAAACUUAUUGAAAAUAUUCAAGGUGAAUGGGCGCAGUUUAGUGUAAAGUGUACAAUGAUAAGAAACGUCCUCCAACAAUUGGAAGAUCUAUUGAGUCGUACAUAUCAAACGGCUAAGCCUGUACAAUCACAGGUGUAUCUUCUUCAGGAUUCGGUUAAACCUCGUCAAUAUCAACCAUUACUGGAACGUACGCGUUGCGAGAGCCUAGAAAACCGCAUAGAACAUUUUGUAAAAAAACAAAGACUAAUUGUGCAGGAAACAUAAUAUUAAUAAAAGGUUUUUUUUUUCGUACAUUUUACUUUAAGAUCGAUCAAA